CGACGCUCGGUGACUAAACAUCGCGCAUUUCAUACCAAGUCUCCGUCCACUCAACGGUAGAUAAUAUCGGUAUCACAAGCAUCAAAUGUUUGUAAACGGUGUCCAAGUUAUCAGUUCACGCUUGAAUAACAUUACUUUGGAUUCACUCAGUAUACAAGGAAAUAUGCAUCAAAAUAAUGAAAAGACAGAAGUAUGCCAGAAGGGCAGACUUCCACCAAUCCUGCAUCUAACACCUUCGGGUACAAAUCAAAAAAGGGUCGACGGCAGUCCUCACCAAAAGAUCGACAACCCUUGGCUACUGAAACCUCAACACGAAAUCCCGCCCACGCCACCGCCACAAGCCGACCAAAAACCCGCCAGUUUCUUUCAACAAAGAAUUGGAUAAAUCUUUAAUAGGACAGUUGAAAAUAAUCGAAAUAACAUUGUUAUGGCAAGUUGCCAUCUUGCCGAAAUACGGAGUUUCGAAUAAUUCAUAUAAAAAUACUCCAUUACGUUGAUAAAAGCAAACACGUAAAUAAUGAGUCGGGAUCAAGGAAUAAUCUUGCCAAGCUCUGACACGAGGAAAGUGAUGCGAGAUGAUCAUGACACGAAAAUAAAGUCAACAUUUCUGACAGAUCGAGUGAUGAACGAUGUGUAUUAUUUGUGAAGUUAGCAGGCACUUAUAAUUGCAAAACAUUCAAUUAGGUACCUACCUAAUUGAAUGUUUUGCAAUUAUAAGUUCGCUUUUGAUUGUAGUAAUGAAAUCAUUUAAUAUUUGUAAAUAACUAAUUUAUUAAUACAAAUAAUAAUUGCAUACAAUUAAGUACUAGAAAAUUUGUAAAUAUGUUAUAUAUUAGUAAAUAAAAUAUAUUAACAUAAAACAUCUUA